UGAUUAUAUUGUCCUGAGCUCUAAGACGCAGACAACCUUCCCUCCGACGAUGGAGCCGGACUCCCAGUAGGCUGGGGGCUGGUCGGUAUGCCGGUCACUAUCAGAUUUCCCCCGUUCUGUUGAUGGUUCGCGCCAUUAGUCUUCUCUGCGCGAGACCUAACGAAUUCUAGAAGCCGGUCACCCCUUCACAUCUCCAAUUUCUGUUUUUGCACUCGUUAUACGACGCUUGUGCUUCGUAACAUGGCAGAGGAAGAGUGUACUCAGUAACUGUGACAAGAUUUCUACACUAGUCAGACCUUUCGCAUUCUUACACGAAAACAUCAGAACCAUAGAUAAAAAUCAGAAGAGAUAUUUAGAGGACUGCAGUAUUUAUAAGGUUUCUGUGCGAUCACAUGCCUACCGACUUUUAGGUCGCGUUCGCGUCACAUAUCGUCGAACAUUCAUCUGGAUGUUUACAAUUAGUGUGAUAAUGGCUCGGCCAGUUAUGUUAAUUAUUGCGCCUUCAGAAUUAGCAGUGAUCGGCAUGGCACUCGUGAAUUUGGCUCCUCAGUAGUAUCUCCGGAGCAGUGUAAAUUUGCGCCUUCCCGUGAGUAAUUAGUUUGCCGUGAUGCUCAUAGUCUUGCAUAAGCUGUUGGGAUGUCGCUGUGUUUCCUAAUUUAUACCUCGUCGACGUAUCAUAAAUCACACAGCUGAUGCCUUUUAUGAGGAUUUAAGCUUCACUCAAUCUGAAAAUAUGGCCGUGUUGUGCCGAGUUGACCGUCACAUGAGGAUUGACGUCCCUAAUUAGGCUUAAGAUCGUAUUACAAUUGAGCCCUCAAAAACCUAUAGCUCUUCUGUCUCAACUUAUCCCUUUCAGUUACUGAUUGGGGACUGUAGUUUUAAGGCGAAAGACCAGGCUAAUAAACCCCCUGUUCCAGGCGUCUACCCUACACUUUGUCUUAGUUCUUUCACUUGAUGUCACUCUUUGAAAUGCACAUAGUACUAGCUCCCAACCUGCAGUUUUUUAUCGUCUUGCGUAUACUAUCCUGACUCUGCAUUGAGCAUCCAUUCCUCUCAGUCAAAUUCACCACUCAUCGGUCCAAAUAACCUUGCUCUUCGCAACAUUGCCUGACCUAAUCAAAGUGCACUUGUUUGUGUUUUUCAUUCAACCACGGCACUUCAAUCAGCCUCUUUACCUUAGACCGUACUUGUUCAAAGGUAUUCGCAGAAUAAGAACGGAUGCAUAAAAUUCACUUUCAAGUUGCUAAACAGAAGAGGACUCUAACUAAAUACAAUGUGCGCAACUCUGUAGCCUAUGAUCUGGCGUCGCCUUGCCACAGGACGAUUGCUACCCCGAAUCGGCUGAUAGGCCACCGUUGUCUCAUAUUGUUCCAGCCAGUGAUUCUGAGGUUAUUCAGACAUUUGAAUAUCCAGCGUUUAGAACAAGCCGCUCUGAAGGCCAUGAGCCAACUCGCGCCGAAUGUGGGACACAGAUUCAAUUUUAGGGUGCACCGGGCAGUACAGGCAUACUACUCAGAGGGGGUCCUAAUUUUUGGCCCUCCCAUAUUUCGCGUCUGAUUAUUUCCUUUCUCUCCUCCACUAGUCGGACAGCGGUUUUGACCCAACGCCACCGGCCCGCGUGCCGCCGCCACCGCAACAACCACCCACAGGAGGAGCCCAUUCAGUGGUCGAAAGUUCAGACUUGAGCCAAACCGCUACCAAAUGCGAAAACGUCGGCACAUCUGCCGAUGUUCCUGACUCCAGUCAACCGACUGUGGAACCACCGUCAUCGUGUUUGUGCUCCGCUCUGCGUCGCCUGUAUGAUAACCUCGAUCUGGGCCUCUUCCUGAGCCCCUGCUUCCUUCUCUUAUCUCUAGCCUGCACACUUCAUAUGCUGGGUAGGUCAAAUGCCUCUUCUACUGUGUAUCGUUACGCCAGUAAUAAACGCGCACGUAAGACGAGGCCUUGUCCCACGCCACCCGCACCCCCCCCCCUCCUCUGAUUUAAUCUGUUGUCAGCUUGACCCGGGCUUGUUAGUGUGGAAUGAUAACUCUGGCGCUGCCUUAAACUCUCACUGUGCGUCGGAAGUUCCGACUGUGAGGGGUUGUCAGUGGCCGAAGAGGAAUUAAUCCUUUGGACUGCCGGUCCAGCUGAUGAGGUCUCUGGCCUGAUGAAACCUGUUUCAUUUAGAGUGAGGUGGAAUCCCUCUCCUACUUUGCAUCGUCAUAUUGGGACCCAGUGAGCACCAUGUGAAUUAAAUAGGUGACCUAUCUGAUGGGAUGCUGUGAAAUCUGAAAGAACGUACCUCUGACGCAGAUACCGCCCACUCCCACACCCCCCGGGAGCGAUCGUUUUUACAUAGAUGACGUCAUUAGGUAUGUAAUUGCGGUGGUGGUCCUUAUUGCUUGCGGCGGGCGAACUGUCGGGUUUAUUGUCCUCUACACUUCUGAUGUUUUGUCUGGUCUGGUUUCGUAAUUUCGUUGGCAUUCCUUGAGCAGACUUCGACUACUAUUUGGAGAAGCAUAUGGGGAACGCUGGGGGCGGCCGCCCUGAUGAGCCGAGCCCCUCGCAGUUGCGCAGUGCAGUCGCCGAAAAUCGGCUCAUCACAGGUGCACGGCUUGAUUUUCAAUUUUUCCAUGUCUGUGUCAAACCCCGAACAAACACAUCCAAGCAGCCCCGCCCACCGCGGUCACCGCCGAUGUCAGUGAAGUUUUUACUCGCACAUUUAUGGCGCUUUAAAGAUUGGUUGAUUGAUUUUGCAGCGCAUGUGACAGGCACAGCAUUUUGUGCCCAAUGGCGCGCUUUGCCGAACCUGCAUCAUUAAGGCCGUACGAAAUGUAUGCCAGACUGACAAUUCAUAUCCGCACCAUGCCGUUGCUGCUUCCGGUGUUUUUUUGUGCACCCUGGGUAUUGCAUCGGCGACCUUCCACCGCUCUUCGACUGUAGGGACUUGGAAAGUUGCCGACUGACGAGAUGAGCGACCUUCCGUACUGAGGGUCGCAUCGCAUUGGCCUUGGUGUGACGUCAUGUCAGUCCUCAACAGUAUGACGUCAGUGACAACGUGGUGUGAUUCGUGUAGAGUGGGAGAUAUCAGCGCAUGUAUGGUACGCGUAGACGGACGCUUAUUGCAACUCAGACCUUGGUGGGGUGGCGGGUGAGGGAAGAGAGAGGAAGAAAAAGGGGGAGUGAGAGAGAGAGAGUGCGGUGGAUGUUGCGCAAGGCUGUCUUACUAUAAUUAAUUCACCCACAAAUCGCGCUUGCUGUGCCCAUCUCGUGGAGCCCGCAGCGGGAUGUCGCGGCUGGCGACGGCUGAACUGUUAUAUCGGGUAUGACCGACUGCCGGUUUGGCCUAGGCCAUACUCUGCAUUCCCUGCUCCUGCAGUGUACCAUUGUCGGAAUUUGUUUGAUGGCUUACCCGGACCCUUUUUUUCAUUCCGCCCCCUUUCCCCCCCUCGUUCCGAAUGCAGCCUUUUUUGCGCCCUAUCAUCUUCUGCCGCUCUAUCUGACUCUGGAGGGAGAUACUCCGGCAUGUGGAAGACCAGUCACAACGACCCUAGUCCGACACCCACCUCGCCGUAUGCCCUACCUUGUUCUUCCACAGCCCUUCGCUAGCCCUACACACAUCGUCUUCGCCAUCGGCGUAGCCCACCUCAUUGGUCGCGUCAUCGCAAGUACGUUACAUGUCCGCCUUUGUUGGUUUCCCUUUGUGUUUGUUUUUUUUUGCAUUUUGCCUCUGCGCUCAGGCGUCUGCACGUAGAAGUCACAGGAGGAUGCAGCUCAAGAUGUUGCCUACUACUUACUUGUUGUUGCACACAGCAGUUUGGAAGAAUUCCCGCCUGCUUCAUCUGUCAUUACUAGACAGGAAUGUCCACAGUGCGGCUCCAAGAACUCUCGACAUGUUCAACCAGGGCUCGUGAAACACAGCCUUCUGACUGUCCUAGUUUACUGAAUGGCGGCUUAUGUAGUAAUGGUUUCUGUGGUACUUGGAGGGGUACGUCCGAAGUAUAACCAUCACUGUUCGUUGGGAUCGGUGCCCUACAUGGUUGUUACUUGCGGCCGUCGGGUAAAUGUCCGGAUUUGGUCAUCGAAGUCGAAAAUGAACCUAUCAGCAGUAUGUCCGCCGUAUUCACUUCCUUUUACUACGGUGCCUCAGCCGAUGUCGAACUAUCUGCCCCGAAAAUGUCACAUUUAAAGGUAUGCUCACGUUAACUUAUUCGUUUGAUGGCAAUGUACACGAUAAAGCCGCUGAAAAAUACAACAGCAUAAUGGGGGUUUUACAUCUAUUGACAUGGUUCAAAAUCUACUCAUAAUGAAUAUGGCUACAUGGGGUCAAGGUUCAAUACAUAUACCACUCAAGGCUUGGUAGGAAAUGCUGAGCCUAGAAGCGUAAGCAUUUACAUGGAAUGGCGUUAUUGAGGAGUUGGUUCUUCCGGUGUCGCACUCGUAGGCAUUGUGAAUAACAUUUUACGAUGACAUUAGAGUGGUCUUGGGCGUUGCUGCGUUCAGGAGAUGCAGUGCGGUCUGAGGGUUGGUUCAAUCCUUGGUAGUAUCAAAACAAGACAGCAAGAGCCCGCUUUUGCGUCUUGGAGGAUGCGGGAUUUUUUGUACAGAUAUGUGCAGAACAUGAUGGAGGCCAAGAUUUCAUGGUCAUCGUACUGAAAUCCUCGGUUUUUGCCAUUCUACAUCUUUAUUUACCUGGCCGUCAGCGAUAGGCGACUCACAUGUCAUUAUGCGAGAAGCAUGGUCUGUUUUUACUCCCAAUCUGUGUUUAUUCAUAUCCGUGCACAAAAGGCAGUUCAGCCGAGCAUGAGUUCCACGCCUUUCCGGAGUUAAUAUAAGGUUGCGUUUUGAUUAGAUGUUAGAUCUCACACCCUUUGAUUAUUACUGAUGCCAGGUUCUCACUGAUGAAUAUCCCACAGGCAUAUUAUUUGCGCAGUUUUCCAUGUCCUAGUCCACUGUAGAUAAGACUAAAAAAGAUAGCCUCGGGUAAGCUUCUUUCUCUUCGCCAUCAGAUACGGCGGCCAGAACCCAGCCAUUUUUCACAAGCAUCUAACACAUUUUUAGUUACCAAGGUGACUGCAGAGAGCGUUGAUUGUCCCCUCCCUCAGUGUUAAUUCCGUUGGUUCAGUGUCGAAGCUCUUCGAACCCUGAGAGUUAUUUUGAAAGAAUAAUUCUUCAACUCUUCAGAAGUUUUGACAGUGUGUCAUAACCUCUUUUUCCAACUUUUACUACUGGCCAACUCUUUCGCGCCCGCUGCACACAGAAAAAGGACGUAAACGCUCAGAACUUUUUUGGUAUUGAGAAGACGUUUAUUACCUGCAACUGGUUUGUUUCAUGCGCCUGCUCUUACGCUCGUCGAAGGUCUGGGCUGUAGAACUAGCCCAGGCGUGUUGCAACGAUCACUAAAACGCUGUGCAGUAGGUGGGCUAACUCAUGAAUUGUCAACCGAUAUUCCGAAGUGCGUUUUCGUUUCGAAAAGAUUAAUUGAGUAGGGUUGUGAAACUAGUCAGCCUACAACAUAAUUAUAUAAUAGUCCAGUUACGUCAGGAUGCCGCAUUUCGAAUGAGCUUCCUUCCGACCGCAUGCAAAGACAACACUCUGUAAAAAGCGACUUCAUAAGUAGCAUGAAUUUUUCUCAUCGAUUUUUAGUGCCCCUAAAAAUGCAAUUAUAUUUAAUGGAAAAAAUGCAUAAAAAUAUUCAUUCUUUUGCUCAUUCGGUAGACAAUUACGUCUUCUUCCAAUCUUAUACUCAAAAAGGGUAUAAUUCGGUUUUCAAAAACUUUUCCAAUUCCCGAAUAAUUUAGAACCCGCUCUGCCGUUACGCCUGGAUUCAGGGUUCCCAAACAACAAGCCGUAUAUUUUCCGCGUACGGGAAACCACACAUUUCUCUACGGUAGUAAAGUGAGACUAUACAGGUUUCAUAAAAUUUAGCAGUGGAGUUGAGCCAUAUUGUUAACUUUACAAGUGACAUUAGUAAGUGCAGAGACACGACGAUUUAUGUACGGCUGUUUCACGGUAUUCAAAAGUCCCACAAUUAGAAACUUUUUAAAACUGAAUUAUGUCCCUCCUUCGAGUAUAAUAUUACAAGAAUACGCCAUUUUCUACCGAAUGUGCAAAAGAAUGAAUACUUCUGUGCAUGCUUUCCAUAAACUAUAAUAGAAUUUUUAAUAACAUCGAAAAUCAAUGAGAAAAAUUCAUGCUUCUUAUGUAGUCGCUUUUUACAGUGUAGUCUUUUCAUGCAGUUGGAAGGAAGUUCAUUCGAAAGCCAGCAUCCUGACGUAACUGAAAUAUUAUAGAAUUAUGUUGCAGGCUUACUAGUUUUACAACCCUGCUUAAUUAAUCAUUUCGAAACGAAAACGCAUUUCUUAAUUUCGGUUGACGUUUCAUAAGUCAGCCCACCUACUGUGGGGUCUAUCGUUGAACAUGAGAGUGGUUAUUUGUGUCCCUACUAGCUAUUAAAAGUGAAAAUAGGAGAAAACUUGCUUUUUUUCGCGUUCGUCCCGCCCGGGCUUUCUGCUGACUCCUGUACAGUCCAGUGUUCACUUAUCGCACCGGCUGCAGGCAGUGCUCCCUUCUCGAAUUUAUGUAGCCUAUUUCUAAUAAAAGGCUGUAGACUCAGGUCACAAAGACUUCUGGCUUUCGGUCAGUAAUGACUACUGGGUCGUUUGCAGUCACUCAACAGCACAGUUUAGUUCCUCUUCGCACGCAUGCAUUCGCACACAUUCACUGACCAAACUCGAUAAAUUUUAGCCAAAAUUUUGAAAUGCCUUUUCGGUUAAGAAAAAGUGCCUCGGCGGAACCACUUAUCCCAAGUCGCCAUGCAUACUCUUGAAACUGGGCACAAAUUCGCUUGGGAUAAAACACGCAUUGUCGGUUCCUGCCCACAUAAGAAAGGCCGAGAAUUCCUAGAGGCCAUUCACCCUGAUGAUUCAUGCAUCAAACGACGCAUCGAUCUUGACGCCCUUUUCAUAAAUCUCAAAGAAAAAUGGAAAAAGAUAAUGGCCAAUCGAAACGUGACGUCAGCCCACAGCAUUGACCCAUCCUCAGCACUGACGAGGCGAUAUCGAUUUUUUUGAAGAAGAUGAUAGGCUCUCCCCUCGCUACACUUCAGACGACGACCUGGGGAACCAGCGGCGAAAAUUUAUGAAAUAAAGUUUGUUCAUUUUCCCAAAGGACUCAUUCUUCUUCGAAAUAUUGGUAAUCUGCGCAGCCAGAUAUUUCGGUUACGGCAGGAUGUCGGCCUUCAACUGCGUUUCUUUCCGGUCGCCUAUUUGAUUAGUAUGAAUUUUCCCACCGAUUUUCGGUGUCAUUACAAAUUCAAACAUAGCUUGUAGAAAGCAUGCACGACAAUACUCUUUCUGGUACUCGUUUGGUAGAAAAUCCCGUUUUACUCAAAUUAUAUUUUCAAUGAAAGGAUAUAUUUUGGUUUUGGAAUUGUUUUUCAUUCCUGAAUACUUCUUGAACACGAUCUGCUGUUGCAUUUGCGUUUAGGGCCUACGGUCGACAAGCUGCAUACUCUUCAUGCAAGGAAAACCAUACAUCUAUCUAUACCACUAAAACGAUACCAUAUAGGACUUGUAGAAUUUUGCUAUGGGUGUGGACUAUGUUGCGUACUUCAUAAACAACAUUAGAAAACGGAUAGAUGCGAUGGGCAUUUCGCGGCCUUUAAAGAUCUUACCUUUUCUGAGCCAAACCAUGCCUUUUCUCCUAGCAUAAAAUUUGGAGUAAAGGUGAUUUGCUGUCAAUCGAGUGCAAGAAAGUAUGUUUAAGAGCGCGUUUUCUGUAAAAACGAAUUUACAAGGUCAUCGAAAUUAAAUAUAAAGAAGUUAUACUACUUAAGCAACCAUGUUUUACCGAGUGUGGUUUUCGCAGGCGUCCAGAAAGAAAUGCAUUUAGAAGCCGACAUCCUGGAGUUACUGGGAUAUCUGGGGCUUAUGCCAUACGGUAAUCACUAUUGCAAUCAUUCCUAAUUAAAAACGCAAUCCGCUGUUUGGUUAGCACUUCAUGAGAUUGUUUAACGGCUCUGAAAUGGUAUCCAAGUGCGUUGUCGUAUUCUUGAACCGUGCUGAUACCUCCUUGUUGGCGAUCGGCCGGCAACCAUCAAUCCUGCUGGUUGCGCUCUAAGUAGACUUUCGGGAAGUGGAAGAGGUCCGGGAGAGCCAUCGUGUUCGACAGAGGGACAGAGCGCAUUGUCUCAGAUGUCACAGCUAUUGCAUCGGGUGUCCCAUUCACUGUCGCAGGGGUAGAUGAGCCAGCGUUGUCUGCUGAUGAUUGGGUGGCGCUCUGGGGGCUCUGUGAUUGGUUGUGACGGUACCACUGGGCUGCUUCUCACCCUUUUAGACUGUGUGCAUAUGUUCAGCUACGCCUUGGCAAACCAUGGCCCUCGCCGCCUGGCGCGCCCUGGCGGUUAUUUGACACCCGGCUCCCUGCCGGUAAAUGUGUUUGCGCUCCCGCUGGGUAUGCAGGCCGUGUGCAUAGUUGCCCAGUGACUUGUGUCUUCCUCCUUCUUCUGGCCCAUUUUUGUGUUAUUGAUUAAAACUCUGGUCAUUUGCUGAGUAAAUCAGGGAGUAUGGUGGUACGCCUAGGUGCGGUCCGGCUGUACCAGCACAGGGGGGUCGGAGGUUGACUUCGCCUGUGUGUACAAGUUUCCAGUGCUCGUAGUGCACUUUCUCGGGAAGUCGAGUUAUGCGCCGCGAACUACGGUGCUGAACAAUUGAGCAAUCUACCCAUUUACUUUUCUGCGUUCCCGAGAAUGUUGUAACUUGUACCAUAUCUCUUCCAGUCUGGUUUCAGGCCGCGAUGGAGACUAGGCAUUCCACCAGUGCGUACUUAGUUGUCCAUGUGUCAAUUCUAAGACUCUGUAAUAAGCAGCAUUAAAGCCACCUCUUUGCGUUUCGUUGUCAUUUUAUCAUCCACCUGCUUUAGAAUAAGGGCAAAAAUUCUUGUCUUGUUACGACUGCUUUCAGAAAAGACUCGCGCGAUGGCUGGGAGAGGAAUUUUGGUCUGGAUUUGACCAAUAGCUUUUUCCUGUCUGAAACUUUGGAAUGCCAGAGGAACUUUAAAUCGUUCCACUUUAUGCAAUGUAUCCGCUUUUCGGGCAUAUCAUAUUGUCGUGCCUACGUCCAAGGCAGUCGAACCUCCUAGGAAUUUUCCUGCUUGUUAAGAGCGUUUCGAAAUGCAGUACUAUCAUCUUCGAUGACUCGGAUGCGGAGAUUGCAGCCCCUACAGUCAUUUUCUGUAUCACAUACGGAAAGUAAUUCUGUUAAAAUUUUUCUGAGGAGAAUGUCUAGUGCCUGGAUUUUAACCCCCUUUUAUACAAAUACCGCCUUUAUUGCAGAAUCUUUUAUUUAAUCUACAUUUGCCAGACUAGGGCGUGAUCAAUGCCGAAGGACACUCUUGACGCAACCGAAACACGACGCCUUUGGUUUCUGUUUCGCCUGCAAGGUUCACUUAGAUUGCCUCACCAAAUGAUCCCACUACACUCUGUCGUAACUGCCUGUGCCUACUCUAACCGCCUUCCUGACUCCUAGUGGAAACUGCGCUCUUUUCCCAUGCCUCUUGUCAUUCUUCAUUGCGACUUUCCCUUCCGCCUCUGCUUUCAGCCGUGUACCUGGAGAAGAGCAUGAAUGGACCAUCUGUUAAAUCCCGGAAGGGGUGUUUUCGACUCGCUGAUCCCAUGACCUUGAAUGUUCUCACCUUGUUGAUCAGCAGUCUAUCUCUGGCAUUCAUUCCCCUGGCCAUGAAGGACAUAUGUCUGCCACAGACGGAAAUUGCCAAAUGCAACUGUUUUCCACCACCUUUGGGUGUUCUCUACAUCCUCGUCAUGUUGCACACUGCGGUCAGUGGUAAGUAA